CUAAGUCCAGAGGAGAGAUCCUUGGGGGGGUGGGAGGCACAUCUGCACUGCAAAUAAAAAUAAUUACAACCACCAACCAAACAACAACAAAAAAAGUAACAGCUAAGAAAAAAAAAAAAACACUUUAAAUCAAGGACUUUGGAAAUCAGAGAUCACAGAAAUUGUACUAUUAAUAAGGAGGAGGAAAAAAAAAGAGGCAAGAAAUCCAGCGACCAUGGGCCAGCCUGGCUUCCUAGCGUGUACUUUCUGUUCUCUCUCCUUUUUCCCAAGGUAAUUGCAGUCUGCCGAGAGGGAGUUAAAUGGGAUUAAAAGAUCUGUGUAAGCAAAAGGACCCAGAAGAGAAGGAGGAAGGAGUGAGCCGUCCGGGCCAGGGGGUGUCUUUGACACAGCUGAGCCCCUUAGAGAGACAGAGAGCUGAGCUCCUGGGAAGGAUGUACCCACAAACCGGCCUGUCCCCCUUUUUCUGAUGGAUUGCUGCAAAAAUUGCCCGAAAGAGACAAUGCACUAAACGUGAUGGAGCCGGAAUCAGAGCCGGUCUCCAGACUCAGAGCUACAGCAGCAGGCAGGGGAGGAUUCUGCUUUCUCUGGACUGUAUUAUGUUUUACCUGGUUCCUGGGAUUCACACGGGGAAAUUCUGAAGAUGUGGAUGUUCUUCAAAGACUGGGCCUGUCAGGGAAAAGGCCAUCAAGUGGAUGGUCCUCAUCACGUACAGUUCCUCAAGGGGUUAUUCCUUUCAAAUCAGGGGUCAUCUUCACUCAGCGAGCACGUGUCGAAGCACCGGUCAGCACCAUCCUCCCCGCAGGCUCCAGCACGGACCUGCUCCUAGUGCUGAGCCUCUGUUCCCACCGCAUCAACAAUGCUUUUCUCUUUGCUGUCAAAAGCAAAAAGAAAAAACUGCAGCUGGGGGUCCAGUUUGUGCCUGGGAAGAUCAUAGUGUAUGUGGGCCACAAGCGCUCUGUAUAUUUUGAUUACAAUGUCCAUGAUGGCCAGUGGCACAAUAUGGCCAUCGAUAUCCGUGGCCAGACAGUCACUUUAUUUACUUCUUGUGGGAAGCACAGAGUACAUGCGGAUUUGCAUUUUAAAAAGGAUGAGGCAUUGGAUCCACAUGGAUCUUUCCUCUUUGGGAAGAUGAACCAGCACUCGGUGCAGUUUGAAGGAGCCAUCUGCCAGUUUGAUAUUUAUCCUUCUGCCAAGGCAGCUCAUCAUUACUGUAAAUACCUGAAAAAACAGUGCAGGCAAGCAGAUACCUACCGGCCAAACCUGCCCCCCCUCAUCCCCCUCCUGCCCAGGGAUCCCAGUGCCUCCCCGAGUACCCCACAGCAUAUAGAGCUCUCGCUUCAGGGUCUGAAAAACUUGACCACUGCUGCCCCAUCCUUGGAGUUUGGCAGGGUCACUGCACCCCUGAAGACUCGGGGUUCAGGUGCAACAACCGUCACAUUGGUAUCGUCCCCACCAUCACUGCCAAGAGUGACAUCCAAAGCCACAAAGGUCACAGUGGCCCCAUCUCCUGUUCCAUCAAGUACUGAAACUCAGCCACCCACCCGUUCGCUCCCUCGAGGGACAGUGACAACCCUCAGGGUGUCUCGGCCCACUCCCAGCACACGCAUGGAGAAAACUCCCCUUCCCACUGCCAAAAAGGUCCCACCAACAAGCCAGAGCCCUGCCAUGGCCAGCAGGAAGGAGUCCAAGCAAGAGACCAAAAAGAAGAUCAACCAAAAACCAACCAUUGAGCCCUCUGAAGCAGCCACAAUAUUCACUUUGUCACCCUAA